AUGGAUCAAGAUCCAUUGAAUGAGCUGGUGGAAUUCUUGAAACCAGAGUCAAGAUUAGACCUAAAACACAUAUCUCUCGACCAUAUACUAGGGUUAUCCGGUACGGAAGACGGGAUCCAUGUUCUACUGAAAAAUGAGAAAAUAAUACAAUGUCUCAUCGAAUUGACAGACGAUAGAGUCGCGGAAAUAAGUAAAAACGCUUUACUGGUGCUCGUUAAUGUUACGGCUAACGAAAAAGGUGCGUCGGAACUGUUAAAAUACAGACCCAGUACGAAAAGAAAUAUUAUUGAACUUUUGAUUGGAUACAUACUAAAUCCGGACAAAAAAGAAGCUGACGCCGCUUGCAUGAUACUCUCGAAUCUUACUAGAUCGGAAAACGCGGUAGAAGUAUGCACGGAUACAUUCCUACCGCACUUAAAUGAUUUACUAAAUGUAUUUGUAAAUACUACUUAUAACAAAACCGGAUCUAACUUGAAUUACCUCGCACCUAUAUUCAGUAACCUAAGCUGUUCUCCACGAGUCAGGAAAUGGUUUACAGAAGAAAAUCCUCAUUUACCGCUAAUCAAAUUACUACCAUUCUGCAAUUACGAAGCAUCUAGCAUACGAAGAGGUGGAGCUAUAGGUACAGUAAGAAACAUAUCGUUCGAUACAAAUUAUCAUGAAUUCCUCCUAUCAAAUGAUAUAGAUCUGCUAACAUACUUAUUAUCUCCGUUAAUGGGUAACGAAGAUUACCCUGACGAUGAAAUGGACAAAUUACCAAUAGCCCUUCAAUAUUUAGGCAAAGAGAAACACCGAGAUCCCGAUAUAGAUAUUCGUAAAAUGAUUAUUGAAACUUUAAAUAAAUUAUGUGCCAAACGUAAUAUAAGGGAGAUUUUACGUGAUAAUGGCGUUUAUUAUGUAUUAAGAGAAUAUCACAAAUGGGAAAAGGAUCCAAAUACAUUGCUCGCUUGCGAAAACGUGGUCGAUAUUUUAAUACAGAAAGAAGAAGAAGUUGGCGCAGAAGAUUUAUCUAAAGUCGAUAUCCCAGAAGAAUUGAAUAGCAAAUUUGACGAAAUGGACAAAGAAUAUAUUGAUAGCGUAAAAUAA